AAGCUCCUCGUCGCUCCAGCCCCAAUCUCUUGCAAAGACGGCUUUCUCACCUGCUCUAUCUUUUGUUUAAACAUUCGGAAACGCUUAGCCAACAAGCACAGUUGGUUGAAAUGUGCCUAGCACCGCCCACAGUCAAUCUCAGACUUGAGCCGCGGGGCCUAGCACAUGCGCACUGGGCAAUGUGGCCGGACAGGUCUCUGUGCCUACAGGCAGGAACGCCCGCUUCCGAGGCGCGCAGGCGCACUGUGUUUAGCGGUGUCGCUUAGCUACGACUCUUCUGGGCUGAAAGAUUGGAAACCGCGGAGCUUCCCAACUGAGAUAUUGUGGGGGGGUUGCUUAGGCUUAUCUGUGGCACUUCUGUUGGGUUUAGGGGACAGUGAAGAGCCGAGGGGGAGGUGAGGUGUGUUUGAAGCCCGUGGGCUCUGUGAUGAAGAAGAUUUUUGGCUUCGGGAGUAAGAAGGGCGAGUCGCCCUUAGGCUCCUCCAUCAGCCCUGGGAGAGACGGCGGUCAGAGAAUCAGCUUCCAGUCUGGGUAUCGCAUCCGAGACAAGGACCUCGGAAAGAUCCACAAAGCUGCCACUGUAGGGAACGUAGCCAAAGUGCAGCAGAUUCUGUUGCUGGGGAAGAAUGGCCUGAACGACAGGGACAAGAUGAACAGGACUGCCCUCCACUUGGCCUGUGCCAAUGGCCAUUCGGCGGUGGUAACUCUCCUCCUGGAGAGAAAAUGCCUGCUCAACCUCUGUGACAGUGAACACAGGACCGCGCUGAUGAAGGCCGUGGAAUGCCAAGAGGAGGAGUGCGCGACUCUCCUGCUGGAGCGCGGCGCGGACCCGAACGUCGCGGACGUCCGCGGGAACACCGCGCUCCACUAUGCCGUCCUCUGCCAGAAUGUGUCUCUCGCAGCAAAGCUGCUUUCCUACGACGCCGAUAUAGAAGCCAGGAACAAGGAUGACCUUACACCACUGUCACUUGCUAUAAGUGAAAGGAAACAGCAAAUGGUGGAGUUUUUAGCAAAGAAAGAAGCAAAUAUACAUGCAGGUGAUAAGAUGAAAAGCAUUCGCCAACUGAUUUCUGAAUAUGAAGAAGAGAGACCUAAAACUCCUCCUGAAAAUAGCAACCCAGAGGAUGAGAGUUCUGAAGAAGACUCUUUAAGCAGGCUUUCCAACAAACCUGGUGUUGAUUCAUGGCCUACAUCAGAUGAUGAAGACUUAAAUUUGGAAACCAAGAAUGUCUUGAAACCAAACUUAACAAAGCUAAUGAAUGCUUCUCAGCAAUCCAAGAGAAACAUAGAAGCAAAAUGUGGCAUUGUGAGACCAGAGAGUACAACCUUCUCUGAGGGCAAUAAUUCUGAUAGUGAAAUUGAAGAUGUGGUUGAAACCAUUCCUGAACCAUCACCUGGAGUCCAGGGCUUCUCUCAUCCUGCCUUCCCAUCACCUGAGCCUCUUGCACAACCUGUCAAGUCUCUAGCAGGCCUUGGUCUUACAAAGGAAGGAGCCACAAAGCCAGAGAAUGUAGAAAAAGAAAGUGAUACAGAUAUUAUUGAAAGGGCUUCACAAGAGCAAAUAAAUCUUGACCAUUUGAGUUCUGUUGAUGGAACACACAAAAAUAAUAGAAGUGAUAUGAUGUCAGCCUUAGGGUUGGGAGAAGAGGAAGAUAUAGAAUCACCUUGGGAUUCUGAGAGUAUCUCUGAGAAUCUUCCACAGAAAUAUGUGGAUCUUUUAUCUGGAGCUGCUGGUCAAAGAGGAAAAAAUACGUUAAAUGGACAAGUAGAAGAUGUGUCUUAUAUACCUUCUUGCAUGAUUGGAUCGAGAAAUUUUAAGAUGGCUAAACUAGAGGAGCCAAGACAUGUAGGCAUACCAGUAGUCCACAUGGAUUCUCCUGAGAAAUAUCCUAACGUGAAGCCUACAGUCUUAGUGAAAGAUUCUGUUACUAAUAAAACAGUCGGAAUGAAGGAUUUGCAAACAUCCACUUCAGAUUUGUCAGCAGAACUAGACUUAGAAAUGACAUCAGAGGAAGAAGAAGAAAAACCUGUUGGAGAUGAAAAUAACCAUUCCCAGGUUGAAGACGAAAAGAAGAAGCACAAAAGCAGUGAAGUGGAAGUAUCAGACAAUGUAUGUGAUACUGCUGAUGAGAGUGGAUUGAUUCAGCAGAGAAAGAGUGGAGGAAACAGCAAUCAGGAGUUUGCUGUUAUGGAGAAUGAAGGUUCUGAUAGUAGCGAUCCUGGCGUGCACAGGAAGGAAAUAAAGAAAAAGAACUGUGGCAAAUGGACACCAGAAGAAUGUGUGAUUGCACCAAUAUUUGAAAAGACUGAUUCACUGACUGGUGGUCUGCUGCAUGUUAAUGAUGACAGCAUUUUAAGUGAAGUGGAUCAGGAUGAUGACAGGCCUGCAAAGAAAACAUCUAAUGAAAAUAACAAGGUCAAAGAACAGAUUAAUUCUGUGGAUGACCUUGGUGACUUAACUCAGUCAUCUGAAACAGCUUCCGAAGAUGGCGAGUUGCUUUACUGUAAGAAUUCCAUGUUGCUGAUUGAACAGCUUGACACGGGGUGUAAAGAUUCUGUUAGCUUGUUGAAAAUCCGGGAUACAAUUCUUUCGUAUGAAAGAUUAGUAGAACUUAAAAAAAGCCACUGUGAACUGCUUAGAGGAAAGAUUAAAAAAAUGGAAAGUAAGGUUAGUGGGCUACAGAAAGAGCUGUCAGAAACAAAAGAAGUGAAAUCACAGUUAGAGCAUCAGAAAGUGGAGUGGGAACGAGAACUCGGCAGUUUGAGGUUCACCUUAAAGCAAGAAGAAGAGCAGAGAAGAAAUGCUGAUAUGUUGUAUGAAAAAAUUAGGGAGCAGUUAAGAAGAAAAGAAGACCAAUAUAGUAAAGAAGUUGAAAUGAAACAGCAACUUGAACUCACUGUCAGAGCACUAGAAAUGGAACUGAAGACUGUAAGAAAUGAUCUGCAUCAGGUUAUAGAAGAGCGAAAUGACACUCAGAAGCAGCUUACUCGAGAACGGAAUGCCAGAAUCUUACAGGAUGGAAUUCUGGCCAAUCACCUUGCCAAACAAAAGGAGAUAGAAAUGGCUAAUAAGGAAAUGAACUCUGAGGUAUUUUGUGUGCCAGGUAGACCAUAUGCACUCCUGCAUCGACGGCACUACCCGACCACGUCCCUCUGCUCUGGGGUGAGCGCGUCGGUCACCGCAUGCCCGUCCUCACCUCCAGUGUCUCAGUCAGAGUCCGCUUCUGGCUCCACUCUCAUUUCUUCUUUCCAGGAAAGUAACAGUGAGAUGUUUUCCCAGCAACUUUAUAAAGCGGAAAGUAAAUUCAAUAAGCUAAACAUCAAGCUACAUCAGAGGAGAGUUAAUCUCAGAGAAAAGACUUUGAUGUUAGAAUGUGUCCAGAGAGACCUAGGCCAAACAGAGUGUCAAAAGCAGGAAACUGAACACAUGUAUUAGAAUGAACAAGACAAAGUGAAUGAAUACCUUAGAAAGCCCGUAUCAUUAGAGGAGAGAUUAUCUCUACUUCAGAGUGAAAAUAUGUUGCUCCGACAGCAACUGGAUGAUGCACAAAAUAAAGCCAACAGUCAAGAGAAGACAGUCAUUAGCAUCCAAGACCAGCUUCUGCAGAUCAUGAAAAAACUUCAUGCUGAAAAUGAUAAACAGCGUCUGAUGCUGGAGGAAAGAAAUAAGGAGUUAAUCAACAAACAGAAUCAUUUAAAAGAGAGGAUGUAUCAGUAUGAAAAUGAGAAAGCAGAAGAAGAAGUAAUUGUGAGACAACUUCAACAAGAACUGGCUGACACCCUCAAAAAGCAGUCCAUGUCAGAGGCGUCACUGGAGGUCUUGUCACGUUAUCGUGCCAACUUAGAAGUUGAGGCACAGGAUUUAAAGAAGAAGUUAUGUCAACUCACAAGUCAGUUGCAAGAAACACAGGAUCAACUUACAGAGGCUGUGAGAUGUGCUGAGAAAACACAGGAUCACGUCCGAAAGCUUGAAAUUGAAAAUGCCGAGUUACAAACUACAGUCAAAAAGCAAGCGGGCAAAAUUGAACAGCUUGAGAAAAACCUGUUAAGUACAAGAUCGUCUGAGGAUGAAAAGGAACAAUUAAAGAAAUAUAUUGAAUUAAAACAAUCUCUGGAAGAUAGGUUGGACCAAGAAAAGAAGAAAAAUAGUGAGUUAGAAACAGAGAUUACUGGAUUUAAGAAAGUCUUAAAAAUGACAAGAAGGAAGUUAAAUGAAUAUGAAAAUGGAGAGCUUAGUUUCCAUGGAGAUUUAAAAACCAGUCAAACUGAAAUGGAUAUUCAGAUUAAUAUGCUAAAACAUAAGAUUGAUGAUCUUACAGCAGAGCUGGAAACUGCAUCUUCAAAAUGUCUGCACCUGGAUGCAAAAAAUCAAGUUCUUCGAGAGGAGUUAUUGUCUAUGAAAGGAAUGCAAAAGAAAUGUGAAAAACUAGAGAAGAAUAAAAAGAAGUUGGAACAAGAAGUAGUGAACCUCAGAAGUCUUAUAGAAAUUAAUAUGAUAGAACACAGUCAAAUAGAGCAGUAUAAACGGGAAAUUGAAGAAAGAGUGAGACAGGAACUCGUAGAGAAAUUAAAAGAAGUCAACCUAUUUUUGCAGAUGCAAGCAGCAUCUCAAGAGAACUUAGAGCAGUUACAAGAGAAGAAUAAUGCUUCCAUAAGAAGUCAGAUGGAAUUCAGAAUUAAAGACUUGGAAUCUGAACUCUCCAAGGUGAAAACUUUGCAAGAAGAUUCUCAUAAAGCAGAGUUGGAAAAAUAUAAGCAUCUCUACCUAGUAGAACUAGCAGUUAGAAAAUCAUUGGAAGGUAAACUAGACAAGACUCAUGAGAGGCUGGCAGAGAUCAGCACCAAACUUGAGGUGGAGAAGCAGCAGAACAGAUCUUUACUCAGCACUCUUAGCACGAGGCCAGUCCUGGAGCCCCCUUGUGUUGGAAAUUUCAAUAAUCCUUUAGUGCUCAGCGGAAGUCUUACUCCAAGAGCACAUGGAGGGUUCUCUACCUCAAUUCCACGCCGUUCAGAUGACAGCGUGGAGACUUACUUGACCAAGAUGCGGCAGGAGUUGGACAGGAGUAUAACUAGAGAACUAAGAGAAGCUGCUGCUGAAUUUGAAUCUGAGUCCUAUGGAUUGUCUCCUCUAGGAGCUACAGAUGGGUCAAAUCUGUAUGAGGACCUGCUUUUGAAAACAUCACAAGAAUAUGUACAGGUUUUGAAGAAAAAAUAUAUGAUCUGAAAGAUAAAUAGUAAAAAUUUCCCUUCUGGACCGUUUUCAUGACAUUUUAGUUGUUUCUCAUUAAACAUGAUGAGAAAAUCUUUA